UUUUAUAAAGCAAUUAAAGUUGACACUUUUUUUCCUAGUGCUACUUUGCUUUGUUGCAAAAAUCGAUAGAGACUCUAAAACCUUUGUAAGCCUUCAACCUUAUAGAAAAACAAAAAAGAAAGAAAGAUGCAAUGUUCAGAAGAAACUAUAGCUAGUUUGUUCUACAAUGUCUCUAGCUCUUUUCAAAUUUUAUUACUCUUCACCUAUUUCACUUCCAUUUUGCUUGCCAAAUUCUUCUAUUUCCUUGGUGGAAAUCCGUUUUUCUGGAGGAAUCAAGAUGCAUAUGAAUUUUCUGAUGACGAAGAAGUGGAGGAAGAACAUGAGUAUUAUCAUAAUAAUAAUUGUGAGUUUGUGGACGAAAAUCAUUUCAUAGAUGAUGAAUUUCUUGGUGUUGAGAAAGAGAUAGAAGAAAGUUGUAGCAGUACUGAUGAUGAUUAUGAAGAGGAGUCUAUUUAUAGCUCAAUAAUGGAUUCAGAAUCUAUUUAUAGUGAUGAUGAUGAAGUGGAAGUUAAAGAAAUAAUAGAUGAUCAUUCUGAUUCUGAUUCUGAUCCUUCUAGUUAUUCUGAUUCUGAAAUCAACAAAGUUGGGCCCACUUCACCUCUUCCCCGGGACAUGAAUACAAAUGUAUUAACGAAUAUCAUCGACAAGGACAUAAAUCAUGGAAAUUGUUACAGGGAAAUGAUUGAAGACAAGAAAGUGACAGAAAUUAAUUUGUGUACUAGAGAGGAAAAUAUGUUUGUUAAUGCAACAUCAUCAAAGUUAGAGAACAAUAAGAAGAUUUUGCAAUUAGUGCAAGAAGAAAAGGAUGAGCAUGAAAUAUUUGGGGAUUCUUGUACUAAUGGCUCAACUUCAAAGAGUUCUACUGAAUGGAGAAGUUCAAUUAAAGACUCAACAACUGAUGAUCCAUUUUCUUCUUCAUCAAGGAGAAGUUGCCCUAAAUGGGAGUCUUACACUAUCUUCCAAAAAUAUGAUGAAGAAAUGUUGUUUUUUGAUAGAAUUAGUGCACAAAAACUACAUGAAACAGAAACAUUAAGAUCAAUUCAAGCAUGUCCAAGAUCAAUAUCAGAUAGGAUUGUUCAUAAAUUGUUUAUAAAUAAGAAGUCAACUCAGCAUCAUAACCCGUAUCAUGAACUAGAAGCUGCUUACGUAGCACAGGUAUGCUUAGCAUGGGAAGCUCUGAGUUGGAAUUACAAGUACUUCCAACGACUACGAGCUUCCCAUAAUAAUAAUAAGGAAUCGAAGGACGAUCAAGGUUGUCCUGCUUAUGUAGCACAACAUUUCCAGCAGUUUCAAGUUCUUUUACAAAGAUACGUUGAGAAUGAGCCGUAUGAAAAUGGAAGGAGACCAGAAAUUUAUGCUAGAAUGAGAAGUUUAGCUCCAAAAUUGCUUCAAGUCCCAGAAUAUCGAGAUUCAGAGGAGGAUAAAGGGGCGGAGGAAGAUUAUUGCUCAAGAAUAUCUUCAGAAUCAUUUCAUGAAAUAAUGAAAGAAGCAAUCAGAACCUUUAUGAAUUUUCUAAAGGCAGACAAGGAGAAUCGUUACCAAAUAUUAAUGGCAGCUUUCCUUAGGAGAAAAAGAAGAGGUUCACCUCAUGCUACCACCUUCUUGCUAAACAAACAAAACAAAAAGAAAAAAUCAAAGGUGAAAGAUUUACAAAGAUCAGGAAAGUGCUUGAGGAAUAAAAGAAGGUUAAAAGAUGAAGAAGAGAUGGAAAUAUUGAUGUCAUUAGUAGACUUGAAAUUAGUGUCAAGGGUAUUGAGAAUGAGACAAGUAAAUGAAGAACAAUUGCAUUGGUGUGAAGACAAGAUGAGCAAGGUAAAAAUAAGUGAUGGCAAAUUACAAAGAGAUUCUUCACCACUUUUCUUUCCAGCACAAUAGUAGUACUCUAUAAGGACCCCAUUUAGCAUUAAGUAAAGUGUUUCAUUUUACUUUAAUGACUAGAUCAUGAAUCAUGUGUCAUGUAGAUGAAUAUCCUCAAUAUACUGCCAAAAAAGGACAAGGAUGGCCCAGAAAUAAAAGUUACUAAGGGAGGAAAACAAUGAAAAAGGUGAGUUAAUGGGAAUAAUUAAGCAAAAAGAGAAAAGAAGAUAAAGGGGACGUGCAUGUGGAUAAGUAGCUUUACUUUACUUCUUUUUUAGAGCUUUUUUAUUAGGGAGGGUUUAUCCAAAAGAAAAAGCUAUAUCUUGUGAUUUAUUUUGUCCCUCUCUUGCUUUUAUGGACCAAAUAUGAAAAUGAACAACAAUAGGGAGAGCUAAUAUGUCUUUUGAUCUUUUUGUAUUUUCUAGUUUAAACCACGAGAUCAGGAUAAAUGUAUAUUGUCAUAUUCUUAGGAUAUCAUAACAGUGAGGUUAUCCUCACGUUUAUGUAGUAAUUAUAUUUAAUUUAGAAUUCAUGUUUAUAGUUUAUCGUUUGGAGAGUUUUUAUUCAA